GCUCCCGGCUCCCGGGGCUGUUCCCGGCCGAUGAGGUGAUUCCACGCCGGGGCUCCUCCCGGGCCCCAGGGCUAUUCCUGACUGCCAAGGCGGGGAUGUGCCUGGGCUGUUCCCGGCCCCUGGGGCUAUUCCCGGCUCCCGGGGCUAUUCCGGGCAGGACGAGGCCAUACCGGGGCUACUCCCGGCCCCUGGGGCUAUUCCCUUAUUCUCGGCUCCUGGGGCUAUUCCCGGUUCUCCAGGCGCUGCUGUACCGGGGCUGUUCCCGGCCCCCGGGGCCAUUCCCGGGUGGACAAGCCGAUUCCGUGCUGGAGCCAUUCCCUGCUCCCAGCUGCCACUCCCAUCCCAUUCCCGUCUCCAUCCCCAUUCCCAUCGCCGCCCCCUCCCCGCCCCGCUCUCAUCCCGGCUCUCCCGCUCUCCCAGGACCCCGCCGCGGCCAUUUGAGGGACUCGGUGGCGGAAGGAGACCAGGAAAGGGCCGGGCAGAGGCCGGAGAGAGCCGGGAGCCGCGGGAAGGGCCCGGGAAGGGCUCGGGAAGGGCCCGGGAGCGCCCGGGAAGGGCCCGGGACAGCGAUGUCGGCGGGGGGCGCGCCCCAGCCCGCCCACGCCCUGGAUCUGCUGCCGUAUUCCCGGCUGAGCCCGGCGCCGCGGGCCGGAGCCCAGCUGGAUGCCGUCGGCGCCGAGAUCCCCUCGGACCCCUGCACAGGGUACCGCUUCUUCAAGCCGGGGGGUCUGUUCGGGAUGAAGCCGCCGGAGGAGCCCUUCGGAGCCGCGCGGACGGGCCCGGAGGACUCCAAGGCCCUGGGCAGCCCCUGCGCCGUGGAGCCCGGGCGGGUGAGCAAGGUGGAGCCCGAGGAGAAGCCCGGGAUUGGCGCCGGCUCCCUGGAGCUGUUCCCGGCCGCGGGCGGCAGCUCCGGCCGCUGGUUCCCCGGCGGGCAGCGCGGCCCCGAGCCCCCCCGGGACCCCCCUGCCCCCCGCGCCGGCUGCUGGGGGGCCCAGGGGGGCGUCCCCGGCCCCUUCCGCUGCGCCCAGUGCGGGAAGGGCUUCCGGCAGAAGCAGAGCCUGGUGACGCACGAGCGCAUCCACACCGGGGAGAAGCCGUUCCGCUGCGGGGACUGCGGCAAGAGCUUCAGCCAGCGGCCCAACCUGCUGACGCACCGGCGCGUGCACACGGGCGAGCGGCCCUUCCCCUGCGCCCAGUGCGGCAAGAGCUUCUCGCAGAAGGCCAACCUGCUGGCGCACCAGCGCAUCCACGGCGCCCACCCCGAGGAGGGCAAGGCGCGGGCGCGGGCGCCGGCGCGGGGCUGCCCCGAGGACGCGCCCUUCGUGUGCCCCGAGUGCGGGAAGAGCUUCCGGCAGAAGCCCAACCUCAUCACGCACCGGCGCAUCCACACGGGCGAGCGGCCCUUCUCCUGCUUCCUGUGCGGCCGCAGCUUCAACCAGAAAACCAACCUGGUGACGCACUACCGGGUGCACACAGGUGAGCGGCCCUUCGCCUGCGCCCAGUGCGGCAAGCGCUUCACCCAGAAAACCAACCUGGUCACGCACCAGAGCACCCACACCGACCUGCGCCCCUUCCCCUGCGCCCAGUGCCACAAGUGCUUCAAGGACAAGGUGUCCCUCAAGGCCCACCAGAAGACGCACAUCCCCCGCCAGCGCCGCUGCCCCGCGCGCGGCCCGGCCCCCGCCGCGCCCGAAGCUCCCCGAGGGCACCGAGCUGUUCCCGUGCCCCUGCUGCGGCCCUCCGAGGCGCCCGCCGCGCCCUUUGCCGCCGGCCCCCCUCUCCUGGGGCCCCUGGGGGCGCAGCCGGGGCCGGGGGAAGGCGUGCUCUCCCCGGAAAAGCCCUUCAUCUGCAAUCAGUGCGGGAACAGCUUCGGGCUCUGGCUCGCCCUCGUCGCCCACCAGAAGAGCCACGCGGGGCACAAGCCGUGCCCCGGCGCCCCCCCCGCGGAGCCGGGCGCCGAGUGCUGCGCCGCCUGUCUGGCCCCCCGCCCUCCCGAGCCGCCCCGCGGGCAGCUCUGGGCCAAGGCCGGCGGCUGCGCCCGCGCCUUCGAGGAGAAGCGAGCGCCGGGAGCGCCGGAGCGCGAGUGCGGCGAGGAGAAACCGGCCCCGUGCCCCGGCUGCCUAACCCCACCACGACACCCCGGCAAGGAGCGGCCCUCGGCGCCCGGGGGCACCCGCGACCCCAGCUCCAAGCUCCCCCCCAUGAAGGAGGAGUCGCACGGGGGGGUUCCCUGCGCUGGGGGGCACAGCGGAGAUAGCGACACCAGCGACAGCUGUGCCUGGAGCGGCUCUGACAGCAAGGACGACACCGGAGGACGCCGUGACCCGGGCUCCGCUGUGCCCCGCUCCGGCGGCCGUGACCCCGAGCGGCAGGACCGCACCGGGCUCGUCCCCCGGCCGGUGCCGGGGCCGCUGCCGGGGCCCGAGGCGGCGGCGGGCCGGCCGUACCUGUGCGGCACCUGCGGCAGGUCCUUCCGGCACCGCCGCAGCCUGCUGGGGCACAAGAAGCUGCGGCGGGGGAACCGCGCCCGGCACGGCUGCGCCGAGUGCGGCCGCGGCUUCUGCCUGCGCGGGGACCUGCUGCGGCACCGCGACACGGGCCUGGCGCAGUGCGAGCGGCCGCCGCGGCACGGGCACAGCCCCGGCGGGCGCGGCCCCUUCCGCUGCGACACCUGCGGCAAGCGCUUCAGCCUCAAAACCAACCUGGCCACCCACCAGCGCAUCCACACAGGUGAGCGGCCCUUCACCUGCGGCGUCUGCGGCCGCCGCUUCAACCAGAAGGGCAACCUGGUGACGCACUACCGGGUGCACACGGGCGAGCGCCCCUUCGCCUGCGCCCAGUGCGGGAAGCGCUUCGCGCAGAAGCCCAACCUGCUGGCACACCAGAAGACGCACCUGGGCCGCCAGCCCUUCACCUGCCUCGAGUGCCCCAAGCGCUUCAAGAGCAAACUGUCCCUGCGGGUGCACCAGCGGGUGCACACCGGGACCCCCGGCCAGGCCCCCGGCGCCCUGGACCCCGCCGGGAGCCCCUUUCCCUGCGCGCUCUGCGGGGAGGCCUGCGCCGAGCACGGGGGGCUCCGGCCGGGCCACGGCGGCGAGCGGCCGCACGGCUGUGCCGAGCAGCUGCACACCUGUGCCAAGUGUCCCCACGGCUGCGCCGAGCGUCCCCACGCUUGUGCCGAGCGUCCCCACGGCUGCGCCGAGCGGCUCCACACCUGCGCCGAGCAGCGCCGCGCCUGCGCCGAGCACCCCCACGGGUGUACGGAGCACCCCCACGCCUGUGCGGAGCAUCCCCACGCCUGUGAGCGGCCCCACGCCUGCGGGCAGCCACAGCCCUGCGCCGAGCGGCCGCACGCCUGCGCCGAGUGUCCCCACCCCUGCGAGCAGCCCCACGCCUGCAGCAAGCGGCCCCACACGUGUGAGCAGCCCCAUGGAUGCGCCGAGUGUCCCCACGGCUGCGCCGAGCGUCCUCACGCCUGUGCCGAGCAUCCUCACACCUGUGCUGAGCGUCCUCACGCCUGUGCUGAGCGUCCUCACGCCUGUGCUGAGCGUCCUCACACCUGUGCCGAGCAUCCUCACCCCUGCGAGCGGCCCCACGGCUGCGCCGAGCAGCCCCACGCGUGCUCCGAGUGUCCCCACGCGUGCUCCGAGUGUCCCCACGGCUGCGCCGAGCGGCCCCACGCGUGCGCCGAGUGCGGGAAGCGCUUCCGGCAGAAGGUGAACCUGGCCGUGCACCUGCGGACGCACACCGGGGAGCGGCCCUUCCGCUGCGCCGACUGCGGCAAGGGCUUCAGCCAGAAGGCUCACCUGCUGCGGCACCGCCGCACCCACGGCGCUGGCCUGCCCGCGCCCUGCGCCGCCGGGGACCCGCUGGGCAAGGGCCCCGAGCCCCCCGCGCUGCUGGGAGCCUGGCGAGGGGAUCUGCGAGCGGACACCGGUACCGGGGGGCUCGGCACGGGCGGGGGGGUGUCCCCCGAGGUGACAUUCGAGGAGGUGGCCGUGCACUUCUCCCCCGAGGAGUGGGCGCUGCUGGCGCCCUGGCAGCGGGCGCUGCACCGGGAGGUCAUGGGCGACACCUACGAGCUGGUGGCCAGCCUGGGUGAGGGACGGGGCCCUGGGGCUGGGGGUGCCACGGGGACCGGGGUGCCACGGGCUGGGGGUGCCACCCACCGGGAGCAGCGGGACCACCGGGAGCAGCGGGGCGCGGCGGGGCCGGCCGAGGAGCGGCCCUUCGUGUGCGGCAGCUGCGGGAGCCGCUUCAGCUGGAGGGAGAGCCUGGAGCUGCACCUGCGCAGCCACCGCGCCCACCCGUGCCCCGAGUGCGGGCGCGUGUUCCCGCACCGCGGGCACCUCUGGCUGCACCGCCGGGCGCACUCGGGCCGCCGCCCCUUCCCCGGAGCCCGCCGCGGCCUCUGCUGCCACCGCGGGACACGGCGGCACGGCCCGCCCCGCGGGGACCGGGACGGGGACGACAGGAUCACGAGGCCGGGAGCCGUUCUCCCAAUUAAAUUCCUGAAAUUAGAGCGGAGCCGGGAGCGCGCGGGGGGCGGGGACGCUGAGGUGCCCUAA